GUGGAAGAAGGGCGACGAGGAGCCCGACGAGUGGCUCGCGCAGAUGGACGAGGCGACCAUGGAGGCGGCCAUCGGCGCGGCGGCGCGCCGCGCGGCCGACGACGGCGACGGCGACGACGACGGCGGCGACGACCCCGCGCUCAUGGGCGACGACCGGAAGCGCGCGGUCGCCGCCGAGCUCGCGGCGCUCCUGGAGCCCGGCGAGAAGGUCGCCGGGGGCGUGCGGCGCCUCGGGCGCGCGCUCAAGGCCAAGGACGCCGGCGCCGCGGAGGCCUUCGAGACGCUGAGCGGCCUCGCGGACGCGCUCGUGUCCGCGGGCCGCGCGGCGGCGACGGACGGCGCCGUCUACGGCCCCUACGACACGCAGACGAUCCUCGACUGGCGGAGCGGCGGCUUCUUCACGGGCGACAGCGCCGUGCCCAUGCGCGAGGUCGCCAAGGCCCCGGCGCCCAAGCCCGCGGCGGCCGCGGACGACCUCGCCGCGGACCUCGAGGACUCCGACGACGACGACGCGCCGCCGCCGGAGAACCCGAACCGGUGGGUCCACUCCGACGACAUCGACUUCCUCGGGGACGGCGUCGAGAGCCCCCUGCCGUAG